GGCGGCGACGGCGGGCCGGCGCGGAGUGGGUGCCCGGCGCGGGGAGCAGCGAGCGCAGCCAUGCCCCAGGCCGCCUCCGGGGCAGCAGCAGCGGCGGCCGGGGCCGGGGCGCGGGCCGGGGGCGCCGGGGGGCCAGCGGCGGCCCGGGCGGGACGAUGAAGCGGCAGAACGUGCGCACGCUGGCGCUCAUCGUGUGCACAUUCACCUACCUGCUGGUGGGCGCCGCGGUCUUCGACGCGCUCGAGUCGGAGCCAGAGAUGAUCGAGCGGCAGCGGCUGGAGCUGCGGCAGCAGGAGCUGCGGGCGCGCUACAACCUCAGCCAGGGCGGCUACGAGGAGCUCGAGCGCGUCGUGCUGCGCCUCAAGCCGCACAAGGCCGGCGUGCAGUGGCGCUUCGCCGGCUCCUUCUACUUCGCCAUCACCGUCAUCACCACCAUCGGCUACGGCCACGCAGCGCCCAGCACCGACGGCGGCAAGGUGUUCUGCAUGUUCUACGCGCUGCUGGGCAUCCCGCUCACGCUGGUCAUGUUCCAGAGCCUGGGCGAGCGCAUCAACACCUUCGUCAAGUACCUGCUGCACCGCGCCAAGAGGGGGCUGGGCAUGCGGCGCGCGGACGUGUCCAUGGCCAACAUGGUGCUCAUCGGCUUCUUCUCGUGCAUUAGCACGCUGUGCAUCGGCGCCGCCGCCUUCUCCUACUACGAGCACUGGACCUUCUUCCAGGCCUAUUACUAUUGCUUCAUCACGCUCACCACUAUCGGCUUCGGCGACUACGUGGCGCUGCAGAAGGACCAGGCGCUGCAGACGCAGCCGCAGUACGUGGCCUUCAGCUUCGUCUACAUCCUCACGGGCCUCACCGUCAUCGGCGCCUUCCUCAACCUCGUGGUGCUGCGCUUCAUGACCAUGAACGCCGAGGACGAGAAGCGCGACGCCGAGCACCGCGCGCUGCUCACGCGCAACGGGCAGGCGGGCGGCGGCGCGGGCGGCGCGGGCGGCGCGGGCGGCAGCGCGCACACCACGGACACCGCCUCGUCCACGGCUGCGGCAGGCGGCGGCGGCGGCGGCGGCUUCCGCAACGUCUACGCCGAGGUGCUGCACUUCCAGUCCAUGUGCUCGUGCCUCUGGUACAAGAGCCGCGAGAAGCUGCAGUACUCCAUCCCCAUGAUCAUCCCGCGGGACCUCUCCACGUCCGACACGUGCGUCGAGCAGAGCCACUCGUCGCCGGGAGGCGGCGGCCGCUACAGCGACACGCCCUCGCACCGCUGCCUCUGCAGCGGGGCGCAGCGCUCAGCCAUCAGCUCCGUGUCUACGGGCCUGCACAGCCUGUCCACCUUCCGCAGCCUCAUGAAGCGCAGGAGCUCUGUGUGAACGCCUUGCGGGGCCUGGAGCACCUGGGAGCACGGGCGGGGCGGGGGGCUCCUGCCCGGAGGAGCAGCGGGGUCGGCGAAGAGACCGCCCCAGCCGCCUUUGGCGCCCCUACACCCCUCACCACCCUCCCCCCGCCCCCCAUCUCCGACUGUGCCUGCUUGCAUCAGCCGGCAGGAGCCGGGGCUCUGAGGACCCCUGGAGCCCGCAUCUGCGCCCUGCAAAUUCCGAGAAAUGUGAAACUUGUGGGGGGGGGGGUCGGGGAGGGAAGGCAGAAGCUGGGAGCCUCCCAUCCCUUUGGAAAAAUAAGGAGCUCCUCAGUUCGCAGAGGCCCUGCUGGUAACCAGACCAUCACCCCUCCCCCUGUCCCUUACGGAGGGAACUUCGUGUUCCGUGUAAGUUUGCAUCUCUAUUUAUACCUCUGUCCUGCCAGGUCUCCCACGUUCCCUUGGCUCCAAAAGUCAGGGUGUCUUUGUCGAGGUCACCCCACUCAGUCCCACUCCCCUUCCUCAUCCCCAGCUGUGUCUCCCAGUCUCCCACUACCUUUUGUGUUGUUUUGCAUGGCUUUGCAGUUAUGGAGGAAAUGGAAACCCAGCAGUCCCUAAAGCUAGUCCCCAGAGGGCAGGCAGAUGGAAGCAAGGACAGGCAGGCUGCAGAAGGGGUGGAGAAGGGAAGGGGGAGGCAGGGGCCCAACAGUCUGCAGGGUGGUCCCCUUGGUAGGUGAGAGCUAACUGGCCUCCAGUCACAUCCUCAUGUGGGGCCAGAGGGAGUCCAGCCUUCCAGACACUGCCCUUGAAAUCAAACAGAAAACUUGCUCCUUGCCAUCACUGGCCGCUGCUGCUAAUAACCAACUCUUAGAUCCGUGAAAUGAGUGUGAAAACCCUGUCCUGACUACCCAUUCGUUUGAUUCUCACCACACCCCAGUUAGGUCACCAGGGCAGGAGUUGUCAUCCCAAAUUUACAGGUGACACUGAGACCCAGACAGGUGACGUGAC